CUUAUGUCUGUAUGUAGUCUUGACUUAAUAAUUAUGUCUGAGAAAAAUACUCGUAUCGCUAUAGUUAAUUCUGAUAAGUGCAAACCGAAAAGAUGCAGGCAAGAGUGCAAACGGUCUUGUCCAGUUGUUCGCAUGGGGAAGUUAUGUAUUGAAGUGACACCUGUCUCGAAAAUUGCAUGGAUUUCUGAGGAACUGUGUAUAGGCUGCGGUAUUUGUGUUAAGAAAUGCCCAUUUGAGGCCAUAACCAUCAUAAACUUACCUAGCAAUUUGGAGAAGGAUACAACGCAUCGAUACAGUGCGAAUUCAUUCAAGCUACAUCGACUGCCAACACCUCGGCCUGGUGAAGUACUUGGGCUAGUUGGUACGAAUGGAAUAGGGAAAUCAACUGCCUUGAAAAUACUUGCAGGAAAGCAAAAGCCUAAUUUAGGUAGAUAUAGUGAUCCACCGGAUUGGCAAGAAAUAUUGGCAUAUUUUCGUGGUUCAGAAUUGCAGAAUUACUUUACUAAGAUUCUUGAAGAUGACCUGAAAGCUGUGAUUAAACCACAGUAUGUUGAUCAAAUUCCUAAAGCAGUUAAAGGUACUGUUCAGCAUAUGUUGGACAGAAAAGAUGAUACAGGGACGCAGGAUACGUAUUGUGAUCUGUUAGAUCUCAACUUGGUGACGGAAAGAAAUAUUGAAGAUCUCUCCGGUGGCGAACUUCAAAGAUUUGCUAUCGCUAUUGUCUGUGUACAGAAAGCAAAUGUCUAUAUGUUCGAUGAGCCUUCAUCAUAUCUUGAUGUCAAACAGAGAUUGAAUGCUGCCCAAGCCGUACGUAGUCUUGUCAGAGAAAUUAAUUAUGUCAUUGUAGUAGAGCAUGAUCUCAGCGUACUUGAUUAUCUUUCUGAUUUCAUUUGCUGCUUAUAUGGUGUGCCUGGCGUGUAUGGAGUUGUUACUAUGCCAUUUUCUGUGCGGGAAGGAAUCAAUAUAUUUUUGGAUGGUUUUGUGCCAACUGAAAAUUUGAGGUUCAGGGAAACAUCUCUUGUCUUUAAAGUGUCUGAAACUGCUGAUAGUGAAGAAGAAAGUAAAAAAAUGAGAAGAUAUCAUUUCGGAAAUAUGGUGAAAAAAUUGGGAGAGUUUGAGCUCACAGUCUGUGAAGGUGAUUUUACAGACUCAGAAAUCAUUGUAAUGCUGGGAGAAAAUGGUACUGGUAAAACUACCCUAAUUAGAAUGCUUGCUGGUCGGUUAUCACCAGAUUCUGGUGACCAGGUUCCGACAUUGAACAUAAGUCAUAAGCCGCAAAAAAUAAGCCCUAAAUCUCAAGGGACUGUUCGGCAACUGCUGCACAGCAAAAUCCCAUCUGCCUACAUUCAUCCACAGUUUGUAGCCGAUGUCAUGAAGCCACUGAUGAUUGAAGCAAUUAUUGACCAAGAAAUACAAAAUCUAUCAGGAGGUGAAAGGCAACGUGUCGCUAUAACCUUGUGCCUUGGGAAACCAGCUGAUGUAUACUUGAUAGAUGAACCCUCUGCCUAUCUUGAUUCUGAGCAGCGUAUUGUUGCCGCUAAAGUCAUUAAAAGAUUCAUUCUUCAUGCCAAGAAAACUGCAUUUGUUGUUGAGCAUGAUUUUAUCAUGGCAACAUAUCUGGCUGACAGAGUCAUAGUAUUUGAUGGUGUGCCUUCUAUUAAAACGACUGCUAAUUCACCACAAAAUUUAUUAUUGGGAAUGAAUAAAUUUUUGGCAUCAUUAAAAAUAACUUUUCGCAGAGAUCCAAACAAUUACCGACCUCGUAUAAACAAGUUGAAUUCGGUAAAAGAUGCAGAGCAAAAGAAGAGUGGGCAGUACUUUUUCUAUGAAGAUUAAAUCAAUACAAAUUUUGAGAUUGUGUGAAAGGUUACGUGGCCAUAUAUAUAGUUGACAUUAUCUUUGCUUGUCUUUCUCCAGUUUCAAGAGUUCAGUUGUUUCGGAUCUGAUCCUGAUAUAGUAAAUUCUAUCUUUAAAUUAUUUGUGCCAAGAUGAUGAUAAAAAUAUACUUAAUAUGUUUGGACAUGCCUGGCUCCAGAUCUAUGACGCAAAAAAAUCGCUAAGAAUGCUUGACAGUAUCAAAGUUGUUUUACUUGAUGAUGGUUCAAUCAAUAGAAAGAAUGUAUACAACUAGAACUUUCAUGUCUGUUCCUGUAAUGAGAGGAUUUCAAAUACAAGUCGACCCAAGAGCCAAUAAUAAUAUUUGUGUAGCAAGAUCAUCAGCGAAAGUCUUCACCCGCAGAAAAUUUAUUUUUCUACUCUGAUGAUUAUACAUAGUACCCAACAUGAUACAUCGAAUAUGAGAAUUCAUGGCAGUGCAGAUAUGUAUUUAUGUGUUGUUGUAAAUUAUUGUUUGAAACACUACCAUCAGAGAUGCAUAAAAUUUGCAUUAUUUUUAGUUGGUUCUUAAACAGGUUCUGGUAUAUGGGUGCAAAAAAAUGCAAAACAUUCAUCUGCGGAAAUAUGCGCUUUGGUGUUGGGGCCUGGGGGUCAAAAUAAACUUAACUUAAUCUAGGCAAAUCGAACCCUUUCAUAAGAACCGGCUACCGUUUUACCUUUUCCAUGGAAUCCUACCUUCUUUCAGCGACUUUCAACAUGUUUGAAUAACCUGGUACUUGUAACAUCAUAAUUCUACCACGCUUGGAAUCAAACAUUGGAUUCACUCUGUAUUAGCCGGUAAUGAUAUAAGUAAUGAAUUAUAAUGUUUAUUUAAAAUUGCUAUAAUAUCAUCAGACAUAAUAAUUGGUGACUCUUCCAUUUUCUUGGAUGUUUGGAUUAGUUGAUUGCAUGAAAAUGAUGCAUAUUUAUCAGGGUGUCCAUUUUUUGAUUUAUUGCUCAUUGCAUUUUUGUUCUGUCAUAGCUUAUAAGAUUUCUUCAUUCAGUUUGCAAACAAAAACAAAAGUAUGGAGAGUGGCUGUUGAGUUCGUCCCCCAUAUCAAUCAUUUAUUGGACACGUUUAGUGGCCAUAACGAUCGUUUCAAAAUUUUGUUGUUAUUGUUAUUUGUCUCCGUCUCCAUUUUUAAAAAAUCGCUUUUCUCUUCGAAUACUGGACCAAUUGCUUUGAUA